ACGAGCCAAUUCUCUGUGGCCGCUACACUGUAAAACUAAAAUGAAGGUCCUCAUUGUUUUAGCAGCAUUAGCUGCUCUCGCUUCAGCGAAAUAUGUAGGAUUAGAUAUUGAAGAGCAGAACACAGCUUACAACUACAUGGAAAGGUUCGGUAUCCCCGAAGCAGAGAGAAUUCGUAAAGCUGAAGAGGAAUUCCUCAAGAACUCAAGAAUUGCUGGAGGUUCCCCUGCUAACUUGGGAGAAUACCCCUACCAGGCUGGUCUGAUCUCCGACAUUACUGGUACAACUGGACGUGGUGUGUGCGGUGGGUCCCUCCUCAGCGCUAACCGAGUGCUAACAGCUGCCCACUGCUGGUUCGACGGUAGAAACCGCGCUUGGAGAUUCGAAGUCGUCCUUGGCUCCAUCACUUUGUUCCAUGGUGGCACCAGGAUCUUCGCUGACAAUGUCGUCAUGCACGCCCAAUGGAACCCAAACAACAUCCGCAACGACAUUGCCAUGAUCCGUCUUCCAGUCAACGUCGACGUCAACAUCUCCAACAACCAAUUCUUGAGUGGCGUGAGACUGAGCGUGAUCACGAACAGCGUGUGCCGCCGCUCCUUCCCCUUCAUCCUGCAGGACUCCAACAUUUGCACCAGCGGCUCCGGUGGCACCAGCACCUGUAGAGGAGACUCCGGUGGCCCUCUCGCUGUUACCAGGAACAACAGGAGGAUCUUGGCUGGACUAAUUUCUGACAUCAUUGGUUUGAACGCAAGAGGAGUAUGUGGUGGUACCCUUUUAAACGCUAAUAGAGUUUUGACAGCUGCGCAUUGCUGGAACGACGGCACCAACCAGGCAUGGAGAGUCGAGGUCGUCCUUGGCUCUGUAUUCUUGUUCAGUGGUGGUACCAGGCUGCAAACUAGUGUUAUUUUGGUGCAUCCUCAAUGGAUCCCUGCAUUAGCACGUAAUGAUGUCGCCGUUCUGUAUCUGCCGCAAUCAGUCCAAUUUUCUGCAAACAUCGCCCCUGUAGCAUUACCAACUUCAGCUGACGGUGCGAACUCAUUCGCUGGAUCAUCUGCUAUUGCUUCUGGCUUUGGACUUACGUCUGAUGGUGGAAGUAUUACUCAAAGCCAAUCCUUGAAUCACGUGCGACUCAAUGUGAUCACUAACCAAUUGUGUUCCAUUGGAUAUCCCUUCGUUAUCCAAGAUACUCAUAUUUGUACAAGCAGCAUUGGAGGUAACAGCGUCUGUCGUGGUGACUCUGGCGGUCCUCUAGUCAUUGAAAGAAAUGGUCAACGAGUUUUGAUUGGAGUUACAUCAUUCGGAUCUACGGCAGGAUGCGCGAGCGGUGUGCCGGCUGUGUAUUCAAGAGUAACAUCAUUUUUAAAUUUCAUCAACCAAAGUCUAUAA